AUGCAGGACUGGCACUCCGCAGCAGCUGCUUCUGCGCGCCUGGGACUGCGCGGGCACUUCGGCGGCGGAGAAGGCUUCGGCAAGCAGUGCUGCGAGUUUCUGCUGAACUCCAGCGGCCUUCCCUCUUGCCGCGCCAAGCGGCUGUGCAAGAUGCGCAGCACCGCGCGCUGCGGGUCGGAGCUUGCCCCGAACUCGGUCUCGGGAGUCGACGACAUCGCAGCGAAGGCGAGAAGAGCAGCGCGCUGCGUGCUGCACGACGCCCUGGAGCGCCUGCUCGAGACGAACAGGGGGCUGAGGUACUCGAACGAGGCGCUGGCCGCGGCGCGGCGGCUCGCCGCCGAGAGGGAGGAGGCCGAGCGCGCCGCGUUCGCCGCCGCCGUGGCGGACUGGCGGAAGGGCAGCGGACCCGUGCUGGUCGAGCGCGAGGACAUCGGGCUGAGGUCACGCGCCCCGCGGGAGAUUGGAAGAGCGAAGAGCCUCUGGAGUCCUUGUCUGCGCCGUCUGUCGCACGCUCGCUGGGCAACAUCACGCGCUGAAGCCGCCCGAGGGAUCCCAUUUGGACGGCCUUGGCGAUUCCCAAAGUAGGCAGGUAGGCACCAAAAGGCGCCAGGUUGUCGCAUAUGGGCUGGGUGUCGUGGCACCGAUUGGGCAGAAGUACCUUCGGGCGUCUUGAAGCUGCAUGGGUGAACCUGAGGACGCGUAGCGACUUUCUCAAACACAUGUUUACCAACGUGGACCUCGAACAGUGAGUUUGCGGCCUGUGGAUGAGCAAGCUACAUGGUGUAGGCUGUGUGGUGGAGGCCAUGUGGUGUAAGUUAUGGUUGCAGAAUCGACCAAGAUUAUGGAAAGGUGGUCAGGUGUGAAUCACGUGAUGGCCACUAGUUCAAGCUUUUUGCUUUCGACAAGGGCGACGGACGGCCGCGCAUGGCUUUGCACGGCGGGUUGGCGAGCGCGUGGCCCCCAUGCUUGCCCUACGCCGCUCCCUCCUGCCAGUUCCACGGCCUCGGGGAUUCCGGAAGAGGGGGGACGUGCAAGAUAUGACACGAUAUGAACAGGGAGCGUUGAAGUAGUCUUUGUCAU